AUGUCUGACCAGGAGGCAAAACCUUCAACUGAGGACUUGGGGGAUAAGAAGGAAGGAGAGAGCACUAAACUCAAAGUCAUCAGACAGGAUAGCAGUGAGAUUCACUUCAAAGUGAAAAUGAUGACACAUCACAAGAAACUCAAAGAAUCAUACUGUCAAAGACAGGGAGUUCCCAUGAAUUCACUCAGGUUUCUCUUUGAAGGUCAGAGAAUUGCUGAUAAUCACACUCCAAAAGAACUGGGAAUGGAGGAAGAAGAUGUGAAUGAAGUUUAUCAGGAACAAACGGGGGCAUUCAAUGAGUCUAAGGCCUUGUCCACCAAGACUCAUGGUCUGGUGGAACAGACUCGAAUCCUCAUUUUUAACAAGCUCUGA